GCAGCGCUGAGACAUACGAGUACUGCUUAUACUGUAAGGGUAUGAUAUCCAGAAAAGAAGUUUCUCGGCAUAUGAAAAGAUGUGCUUUAAGACCAGAGAAUAAUGCUGAAGAGAAGCUGAAAGAGAGUCUUUGGUGUAGCAUCUACUCAAUCCACAAUGUCUCAGCCAAUUUCAAGUGAACUCUACUCAGUACUGGGCAAGAUGCACAAGGAUGAUGUGUCUAGUGCAAUAAGGAAUGAUCAUUAUAUUAUGCAGUUGGCUCAGUCUCUUUUUAAUAAGCAUGGAAGUGACAGAUCAAAGCAUGAGUAUAUAAGACAGAAAGUAAGGGAACUUGGGAGAUUACUUGUGACUUUGCGUCACACAACAAGAAUCCAUAAUAUGGAAGAGGCAAUAAAACCAGCCAACUUCUUUAUUCUUACUAAUGCUGUCAAGAGAGUUUCAGGUUUUGAUACUGAAACCAGCACAUUCAAAGCCCCAAGUUUGGCCCUGAAGCUUGGACAUUCUCUCAGAAAAAUAAGUGAUAUUAUCAUGUGUCGUGCUCUCAUGGAAGAGGAUCAAGAGGCGAUCGAUUCAAUCAGGAGGUUUCACACACUUCAUGAAACAAAGUGGUCUGAAUUAGUUUCCCAUUCAGCCUUAUCAAACCUGAGUGAGGCAAAAUACAACAAGGUCGACAGCCUUCCACUGACCAGAGAUGUUCAGAAGCUGCAGUUAUAUCUUGGUCAGCAAGUGGAAUCGGCUAGGGAGAAACUAGGUGAUAACCCAACAGCAGGAACUUAUGCAGCACUAGCAAAGGUGAUCCUUUGUCAAGUGAUUUUGUUCAAUAGGAGGAGGGAAGGUGAAGUAGCACGUAUGACUGUCAAAAAUUUUGAAGAUCGUGACAUGUCCAAACUAAACGAUGACAUCAGCUCUGGGCUUACAGAAGUUGAGAAAAGGCUUUGCCAACAGUUUGCCAGAGUGGAACUGAAGGGGAAAAAGGACGAAAGGUGGCUGUGAUCCUGACUUCUGAUAUGACCGAUAACCUGUCACUCCUCGUUAGUAAGAGGAAAGAGUGCGGGGUAUCUGAAAACAAUAUGUACCUUUUCGCCAUUCCUUGUAGUGAUGGUCACUACAGAGGGCAGUUUGGUCAGUUUGCAGAUGCUUGCGGAGCUGAACAUCCUCAGAACCUCAGAUCAACUAACCUUCGCAAACAGAUUGCCACGAUAAGCCAAGUCAUGAACUUGAAAGAUAAUGAACUAGACCAGCUGGCCGAUUUCCUCGGCCAUGACAUUAGGGUCCAUAGAGAAUACUAUCGACUGCCCCAAUCAACAAUUCAGCUGGCUAAGAUCUCCAAGUUGCUCAUGGCCAUGGAGAAGGGAAGUGUGAAGGAUAUUCAAGGAAAAACUCUGGAUGAAAUUGGUGAUGACAUAGAUGGGAUGGCUACUGGAUCACAGCAACUCCCUGAUGCUUCCACAUUGCGAGUUCUCCCACUUAGAAAUCAUGGAGGGAUCUGAAAUUUUCAGCGUUGGUACAUGUCCACUGUGAGAGACAGAAUCUAAAAGAAAAUUCCGGAAAUCACAAUGUAUGAUUUUAUUAAAAUAUUUUUGUAUAUUACUGCUUAAAAUAAGUAUUUGAACACUUGCUUAUCAUGCAGAUUUCUGACCCUCAAAGACCUGUUAUUCUGCUUUUAAACAGUCCAACUACACUCUGCUCAUGAUUCUAAUUUAGCAGCACCUGUAUGAUGCCGUUAGCUUUCAUAAAGACACGUGCACCCCACAAUCUGUCAAAAGUGUUGCAGCAACAUGAGUAAAACCAAAGAGCUGUCCAACGACACAAGAGACAAAACUUUAGACCUUCACAAAGCUGGAAAGGGCUCCAGAGCCACUGCCAAGCAGCUCGGUGCGCGACAGUGCGCGUGCACGCAUGUGUGU